UCACAUAAUUGGCAGCAAAAACACCUGCAACAACAUUUUUGUUGAACAAACAUCACUCAUUGAUACUUUGGCUCGUCUCGCGUUCGCUUAUUUACACAACUUUUUAGUACUUUUCGUUUUUUCUCGAACUUGAACAACAUCGAACGUCGUUAGUUUAGACAAAAUUUCGCCGAUAACAGACACAAAUAACGCGACAGAGGAGAUUUUACGGAAGGCCGUUGUUGUGCGAAACGAUGCUGUUGCCAGCAAUCGAAGGAGCGAAGGCAGUUUGAACAUCAUCAUCUCGCUGCGGAAAACUUUCAAAAGUAGUGCACGACGAAUUUGCUGCCAACGCGUUCUUGAGCCGACGCGACGCGACGCAAUGUUCCUACCUGUUAAAUCGAACUCGUCUCCCGUGAAUACGGAAAGCGUUCUUGCGGAAAUGACAGCUGCGGGAGCGGCACAAGAGAAAAGUUGUAACAACUCGACCCAGACUCCGAGUGACAUGAGUCCCGUGGGCGGAUUAACGGGCGACGAUGUUUUACCUCAAGCGCAUCAUCAGAAUCCGGGGCAUUGCAUUGCUUCGUUCAGCGCGAUCAAUCGGAUGCGACAAAAUGUGCAAUUAUGCGACGUAACGUUGUCCGUGGGCAACGAAAUGAUCAAUUGUCACAAAGUUAUUCUCGCUUCGGUGUCUCCGUACUUCUUUGCGAUGUUCAAUGAAGACAUGCUCGAACGAAAUAUGGAUGUAAUUUCGCUUCAUGACAUCGAUCCAGACUCGUUGAAACGAUUAAUUGACUAUGCAUACACGGGCGAGAUCACAAUUACCGAAGAAAAUGUUCAAGUUCUUCUCCCGGCAUCAUCUUUGUUGCAAAUUCAGAGUGUCAGAGACGCUUGUUGCAAAUUUCUCCUGCGACAAUUGCAUCCUUCGAACUGUUUGGGCAUUCGGAGUUUCGCUGAUGCUCAUUCUUGCAAAGAACUCCAUUCACGUUCGCAUCGUUUUGCCUUGCAAAACUUCCAACAAGUCGUCGGAACGGAAGAAUUUCUCCUUCUCGGCUUUAACGAAGUGCAAGAUUUGAUUUCGAACAGUCAGUUGAACAUCUCGUCAGAAGAAAAAGUCUUCUCAGCUGUCCUAAAUUGGGUAAAACACGAUUUAAAUGAGCGAAAACAAUUCGUUUCAGAGUUAAUGACGCACGUAAGACUUCCUCUCGUAUCUCGUGAAUUUCUCAUGGAAUGCGUUGAAUCCGAAGCUCUCGUACGAGAAGAUCCGCAAUGCAAGGAAUUGUUAUUGGAAGCGAUGAAAUAUCAUCUUUUGCCCGAGCAUCGAAGUACUUUGAUCACACAACGCACGUUGGAAAGAAGACCUGAGGGAAUGAAACCCUAUAUUUUUGCCGUUGGAGGAGGAUCACUUUUUGCCAUUCACAAUGAAUGUGAAGCGUACAAUAGUAAAACGAACACUUGGUUGCCAAUAGCUCCGAUGUUGACACGAAGAAGUAGAGCAGGAGCAACGUCGCUGAGAAAAUUGUUGUACGUUGUUGGCGGAUAUGACGGCGAAAAUGACUUAUCGUCGGCGGAGAGAUACAAUCCGAUGACGAACGAAUGGCAAAUGAUCACUCCGAUGGGUACUAAAAGAUCUUGUUUGGGAAUUUGUGCGUUUGAUGGGCUUUUGUACGUUUGCGGAGGAUAUGAUGGAGCAUCCUGUUUGGCAAGUGUUGAAAGAUAUGAUCCAUUAACGGGAGUUUGGACUUCAUGCCCUGCGAUGAGUACUCGAAGACGAUACUGUCGAGUUGCUGUAUUAGACAAUUGCAUUUACGCUCUCGGAGGAUUCGAUUCAAGCAAUUAUCAAUCAUCAGGCGAGAGAUUUGAUCCUCGUGUUGGAACAUGGGAUUCAAUGCCAUCAAUGGGAUCACGACGAAGCAGUUGCGGCGUUGCUACUCUCGAUGGUUAUCUUUACUGCAUUGGAGGUUCUGACGGUACAAUGUGUCUCUUGAGCGGCGAAAAGUACAAUCUUCGUGCUUGCGCAUGGGAACCAAUUGCUCCGAUGCACAGUCGACGAUCUACACACGAAGUUGUCGAAGCAAAUGGAUAUCUUUAUGCACUUGGCGGCAAUGAUGGAAGCUCUUCUCUGAACUCUGUCGAACGUUAUGAUCCAAAAUUGAACAAAUGGAAUGUCGUUACGAGCAUGUUGACACGUCGCAGUUCGAUUGGGGCAUCUGUACUUGAUUGCUUCAAUUUGGAGAAGAAAAUUUGUCAAACGAAUAUUUGACCAAACGUGUUAAUGCGCUCAACAAGCGUUUCGGAAUCGGGCAAUACAUCCAAUUAAAAGUUACCAAAGCGAGAUAAUCAGAAUGUUACCCAACGAGUUCAAAAUUUUCACGUAGUUUCAACAAAAAAAAAAUUAGCAAAAAAUUUCAAAUUGUAUAAAAUUAACCAAAAAUAUGCCUUUAACUUAGCAAAUUGAGGGAAAAUACGGAUUUGAACUUACAGCUUGAUGCUAUUUCAAUCAAAUAAAGGGAACAAAGCUUUUUUUCUAUCCUCUAACAAAUACAAAUUCAAGUCCAACGAAUAAUCAAACAAAAGCAAAAAAUAAUAUUUUUUAAAAGUAGUGAAUCGUAGUCGAGUGUUAGGAGUCAGGUGUUAAGGAAAAACAAGCAGAUGAGUCAUUUUACAUGAAAAAAAGUAAAAUUUUAUUAUGAUUAAAUUAUCUCUGUCACGCACGAGGAACAAGGCAGACGUCUGCGAUACACAGACAAGCAAUUAAUUACCCAAAAAAAAUCAUUAACCCAGAAAAUCCGAAAAAAGGACGAACAAAAGAGCAACAAUUAAGUACAUUAACCACUGCCAUGCGAAGAUAAUUAAAAAAUACAAAAAAAAAAUAUAACUAACCAUAUUUCUCUUUUAUUGUCCUGAU